AUGGGAGCCACGAUAACCAACUUAUGGGAAAGUAAAGCUUUUGAUCUCAAGGUGGACCUUCAUAAUCGCUUUGUGGUGAUCGAAAACACAGGCUUAGAUAUUACAAGGUGCAAAAUAACAGAACUCAAUGAAGAUAACACAGAAGGCCACUCAUCUAAACAACCACAAUAUGAUAUGGAUUUUUGUUUUGGGGGCUAUGGAGACUUGCCUGGAAAAGUCUCCACAGUCGCCAUGAAAAUCUUGGCUUGGAACUGUCGUGGGCUAGGGAAUGCCACGACAGUUCGGUUGAAGUUUGCAAACCACCAUUACAUACCUCCAAUUGGGCUAUCUGGUGGACUUGGCCUAUGUUGGAUGCAAGGAGUUCAAUGCAAGAUUACCUCAGCCAACAAAUUUGUUUUAGAAGGAGAAAUCUCUUCAGACCCCCCAGGACAGGUUUGGCAACUGUAUGGUAUGUAUGCUCCUCCCCACGAAAGAGAUAUAGAAACCUUCUGGACGACAAUCGGUGAGAAGUUAGUCUACAACCAAGCCCCAACUUUGAUCUUGAAAGAUUUGAAUGGCACCCUAAGAGAUUCGGAAUGCCUGAACUACUCCAAAAGAGGUAAUUACUCUCGCUAUGCUUUUGAUCUUCGCCGUAUGGCGAGGGACAUACACUGUUUUUGGGUGGUGAAAGAGGCAUGGGCCAAGAGACUUCACUUGCAUCCCAUGAUCAAUUUCCAUCGUAAAGUAAGACACACUUGCCGCAAGCUGAGUAGUUGGAACAAGAAACAAUUUAGAAAGCUAAGUGUUCAAGUCCAUGAGGCCACCGUAGAGUUGGAAGAAGUGGAGACAAACAGACUGGAUGAUUAUAAGGCGAUAGAAACAGCUCAAAGUAACCUCAACGAGGCUCUGAUCAAAGAGGAAAUACAUUGGAAACAGAAAUCACGAGUGCAAUGGCUUCAAGAGGGAGACAUGUGUUCGAAAUUCUUUAUGGCCUCAACGAUAAUCAGAAGAAGAAGAAAUUACAUACAAUGCAUAAAGAAAUCUCCCGAAGACAGCUGGAUCCGAGAUUAA